CAAUGUGCUUGAAGCCCCUGACCAGAUCAUUUCGAUAGUCCCUACACUCAAUAUAGCACCGGCUGUUUUAGUAUCUCGAAAGCUCGAGUUCGUUUAUUUCCAACCCCGAGGGCUUCUCAAGGUAGUAGUUGAAGAACCAACACGAACCAUCUCUGACGGCGAAGUCGUAAUGACAUACUACAGAAGUCAUGCAUGCCUGCAUCUGCAGAUACUCCGAUACUACUGUGUCAAUGCAAACGUUCUGGAUGUUUCCCCCUGCUACUCAAUUGAAAUUUUCUCCCAUUUAAUCUUGUCCUGGAGAUUUGUCCUGCUCAAGCUUGUUUUAUCUCAAGCAGAGGGAGGUGCGAGAUUUAUGUGCUCGUGUGUGAUGCCCUCAACAGGAAUGGCAUUAUAUCUAGAUAAAUUCGCUUCGUUGCCAUCUAUAUACGAGGGCAAAAAUAGCAGGCGCAAGGAUACGAGCUGAUGCGCGGUGGCCCUUGUUGUGAGAUUGAUUAAGCUCCCGAGCUACACCUAAUCUUGCCCAAUGAGUUAUCAAAAGAUAUGGAUAUGCCGAGGAGCUACUGUAAAGCUCGCUUAAGAAGCAACCAACUGAUAAAGUGUGAACUCUUGGGUUAUGAUCGGCGAUCGAUCAGACUGCGAGCUAUUGGAUUUGGUAGCGUCGCGUACUACUUGCCCAUUCCAGUUCAACUCAUUCAACAUUUGAAUAUGUAGACUAUCCAAUGGUAUAAUGCUUUGUCAAUCAUCGCAUCUUCAUUAGUACUAAUCGGAUUUUUAUAUCGCCUUUCAGUUUCCUCUCGAUAUAGAGAUUCAUGCGAUUCUGACAGACAGUAUAUGACAAAUAUAUCGGCACAAACAGGCGGGUGAUAACAGAACCACUGUUAUCUCCAUGCUGCCAUAAUCACCGCCCAAUCAAUUCUGAUACACUCCAAAACAAAGAACACAGUCAUCUCAACCGUCUCAACCAUCUCAACAGUUCAACCAUGGGCAUCGACUUCGUCGUGACUGACUGCUGCCUGGCAACAGGCAAAUUGUAAACUUACGUAUAUUACAAAUAAUAUUGAUGACCAAAAUCGGAACUCCGAUUCCGUCUACCAGGUGACCACUCUCUCGGAUCGAGUACGUGCUCCGUGUGCAGGAUUUGUAUGCGCAGGUACAUGUCUUUGUUUUUUGCCUGGUUUUGGCCGUAUCACUCUACAACAGCUUUAUUGUGUGGCAAAGGGACUUGGUAAACACGUGAUGAAAAAUCCGAAAACUCUUAGAUAAUGCCUUUCGCGUCGCAUCACUUAUGUGGUAUGGCGGCUUAUUAUCAUAGUCGAAUAUCUUAUUAUCACUCUCAAUGACCUGGAGGCCAACCUCAAACUGUCUUUUCAGACACUGCGCACUUCAACGAUGAUUCAUCGGUUUCGUAAUGACCAUGGACCAUUUUGUCAUGCGAUUAUUCAGCAAGUUUCCCUGCCGCAUGACAAUGUCUCAGUAUUGUUUCUUGGUGUGCGGCGUAUCUGGCAUUUUACCUUUGAUUGGCCGCAUGGGACAAACUGGAUUGUACCAAGACCCUGGAUUGUCACCCAUGCAGCAGGUGUUCAUGUGCCUUGCAUCCUAGGCGCAGGUGCCACGUUUCUGCGUCGGCUACUCGCACCGGUCUACAUUUCAAGUGAACGCCCUGUCUGCAACUUGGCAACGAUCUGCCGUUGUAGC